GGGCGUGGCGGAUGCUGCGGGGGCCGCGCUGAGGAGGCGGCGGCCGCGGUGACCGGGAGCGCUGCGCAGGGCCCGGCCGCCCCCUCCGCCGCCGCGCAGCCAUCGUGAAACUAUGUGGAAAUGGGGUAGUGGAGAUGGGUCUCCUUCCAAAACAGUUGCUGCAGGCUCCCAAAAUGCAGGAAACAUGUCGGUGGCAGAUUUGACCGACCAGCUGACGACGACUGAACAGCUGGUGACGCAGCUAAAGGAGCUUGUCAGGGAGAAGGAUGCUGAGCUUCGAAAUAAAGAUCUGCAGUUAAAGGAGGAGAAGGAAUCUGCUGAUGCCAAACUUUCCAAGCUGAAGCUGCAAAACAAAGCCAAAGUCGCAUCAUUAACCUCGCAAUUGGAAGAACUUAAGAAACAGUUCCCGGCGUCAGGAGGUGCAGAGGCAAAAGCAGAGCAGAAAAAGGUGUCCAAAGAUGGUGACCAGGAGAACGCUGCGGCAAAUCGUGCUAAAAUAUUAGUGCUGAGGAGGAGAAUUGAAGAACUAGAAUCCCAGAUCACACAGAAAAAUGAAGAGUUACAAAGAAAGAGCGCUGAGCUGGAGGCCCAGCGCGGUCGCGGGGCUGAAAUGGAUUCCAUGCUGGCAGAGAAAGAGAAGAAGCUGGCUGAGAGGGAUGCGUAUAUCGUUGAUUUACAGAUAGCCUGUGGGUCAGCUGGUGCUGCCAGUGAAGUACUCUUGCCUAAUGAAGAACUGAAGAACCAGCUGGCUGUUAAAGAGUCCUCGCUCCAAAGCAUGCAGAUCCUAGUUCAGAACCUUACCAAAAAGGUUGGAGACAGUGAGGAAAAGUGUAGCUUGUUCCAGGAACAGAUUGAGAGCCUUAAAAAUAUUCAGAGCAAAGAAAGAGAGCAUUUCCAAGGAAAAGAAGCUUCAUAUAUGAAAAAUGUAUGCGUGCUUCAAGAUAUUAUCCAGGAAAAGGAAAAGGAACUGGAAGCACAGAGACAAAAGCAUGAGCAGGAGCUCUUUAAAUUAGCUGCUAAAUCUGAUGCAAGUGCUGACCUGGAACAGCUACUAAAGGCCUUGAAACAGAAGCUCCAUGAAAAAGAAGAGGUCAUGCUGGGAAGGACACAGGUGAUAGAUGUCUUGCAAAAAGAACUGGAUGCCAAGGACCAGGAAUUGAAAGAGAUUAGUGAAAACUUGAAGUGUCUUGUGUCUGAAAAAGAAAACCUCCAGUCUAAACUGGAUGCUGAGAAACAUGUCAUGAGAGCCCAGUUAAGAGACAUGAUGGAGAAACAUGAGCUUGAAAUGACAAAAGUUAAGGAGAAAUAUGAUGCUGAACUGCAUGAAAUUCAAGAGAAACAUGAAACUGAGCUGCAAGAGAAGGACCAGGCCCUGCUUCAACUCAAGAAACAAGUGGCAGAAUUAAGCAGUAGUGGACAGACGGACUCAAAAGGAGUUAAAGAGCUGGAGUCUGUAACCAAAGAGAGGAUGGAAGAUUUAGAAGUGCAAGUGAAACUGAGAACAGAAGAGGCCAGUAAAUCGGAAGCCAAGUUUCUGAAAAUGAAGGCUUGGUCUAAAGCGAGGAUCAAACAACUGGAGGAUGAAUUAAAAACUUUUUCAUCAAAGAAUAACGAUGCAUCUGCCUUGAACAAUCGUGUCUUGGAAUUAGAAAUCGAAAACGAAGAAUUACGGUCAAAACUGCAAUCGUUAUGUGAAAUCAGAACUCAAAAUGAAGAAUUGCUGGCGAAGCUGGAAGUCUAUGAAGAGCAGCAAAGGAAGUUGCAGGCUGACCUGGACCAAGUGACCAAGAGAGCAGCUUCACAGGCCAGUGAAUCGGGCAGCGUGGACGAGCUGCAGAGUCACCUCCUGGAGUGGCAAGAAAGCGUCGCAGAGUCCGAGGAGUCUCGCGAGCACGUCAGAGAAGAGAAAUCUGCCAUGGCCUUGAGAAUGGCUCAGAUUGAGGAGGAGAGAGAAGCCAUGGUCUCAGGGCAACAGGAGCUGGAGGAGGAACUGGGCGCAGCUCCAGGGAUGGGCCGGCUGCAGCGGGACAGGAGGAAAGGCAACCAGCCCAGCAGGAAGCUUCAGGAAGAAUACGGCUUUGACAGAAAAGAAUGCUUCCAAGAAUUGAAUGUCACCUUGGAUAACACUGAUCCCGCUGAGGGAGAAAACAUGGGAGGUUGGUGGCCAGAGUACACUUCACCUAACGCAGGGUUGCGGAGUGUGGUUGAAGAGUUGGAAUUGGAAAGAAAUCAGCUGCAGGAACAAAUCCUUUUUCUAGAAGAGCGUUGCCAGGAUUUGGAAGAUCGAUUGCAGCUGCAAGGUAGAAUGGAAGCUCUGCAGGUAACGUUUGGUGUAGAUGAAGAAGGGCAGCUAUUGAGGGCGGUGCAGAGUGAAAAUGAACGUUUGCAAACUCAGCUCACCCAGUUACGCAGCCAACAAAUGCGAGACGCAGAAAAGCAUCAAAUUCUGAUCUCCAGCUUGAACGAGCAGCUUAAAGGAUUAAGUGACAGAAAUAGCUUCCUUGAAACAUCACUCGGAGAAAAAGAGCAAAAGCUGUUGAGCGUGACCAAAAAACUAGAACAAAUUGAAACUUUGAGGAAACAGCUUAAAGAAAAGGAUCUUCUGAACAAAGAGCUUGGUGAAAAGUUUGUGCAUACGGAGCAAAAACUGAACGAAGCCUUAAAGAAAUGCAGCGUCUAUGAAGUGGAGAACACUGAGCAGAAAACCAUCAUCAACGAUCUGACGGAAAAAGUCGCUGCACUGAAGGAAAAGACUUUGAAACAAGACGGCGUGGUGGAGUCGAUGCAGCUGGAUCUGGACCAGACAAAUGAAGAGCUUGACAAAUUGAAUACCAGCCAUUUAGAGGAACGAUCCCAACUUAUUCAAGAUCUCCAGAGAUGUGAAAGGGAAAUGGAUAAUCUUAAGGAAGCGCUGGCAGAAAAAGACAGGGAGAUGUCGCUCCUGACUUUGAGUAUGACAGAAUAUUCCGAACAGGUUCUUGUCCUGAAGCGUCACGUGCAAUGCAAAGAGGAAGAAAUACGAGGGAUGGAAGAGGCUUUAUCAAAGGCUGAAAGAGAAACUCAUUUACUGAAAGAAGUACAAACAGCUGAUGUAAGAGAUGCAAGUGUGAAAAUAUCUGUGCUUUCUGAGGAGAGUAACGCAAUGAGACUAGAACUGGAAAGAGUUAGAGCUGAGAAUGAAGCUAAAACCAAAGAAAAUGAGGAGUUACUGAGACAAAGCAGCGAGAACAGCAUUACAAUUAAGGAUCUCCGUUCUGAAAUCAAAGCCAACGGUGUCGCGUACCAUAACAAACUCGCGGAGUGCGAGUCACAAAUUGCUUUGCUGAAAGAGCAAAUAGGUAAAUCAUCUGAAAAGCUACGAGAAACGGAGGAUAAACAAAGGAAAGAAACGGAAUAUUUGAAAUCUCAGCUGGAGGAAAACAAUACUCUCAAGGAAAAAUGGAACAGUUUGCUUAAAGAGAAAGAGAGUAAAGCACAGGCACUUGAAAAUGAGUUAAAAACAAUUAAAGAUUCACACAACAAACUGGUUUUGGAAAACGCUAAAAAAGAUGAAGAGUUGGCUGAGCUGUCUAGGAAGCUUAUAGAACAUACUGAGCAUCAGGAAACAAUUGAAAAAGAAUUACAAGAGAAACAAGAGUUCAUUAUUUCGUUAGAGCAGAAGCUGGGGGUUUUGGAGCAGCAAAAUGAAGAGACUAAACUUAAAUUAACUGACGAUCUGAAAGCCAAAGAGACGUGUUGCAAAGAACUUAAUAACCAAUUAAAUGAAAUACAUAAACAAAUUAACAAAAUGGAAAUAGAGACACAGGAGAAAGCUUCAGCUAAUAAGCAAUUGCAGGCAGAUCUUGAAGGGAGAGAAGAGAAAUUGGCAGAGCAGAUAAAAGUGAAUGAAUCUCUGAAAAAAAGUAUAGAUAUGGUGGAAAAAGAGAAGGAACAGCUAAUCAGUGAAAAGGAGAAUUUGUCCAAACUCCUGGAUGCAAAAGAAUGUGAAUUGUUCAAGAAAAUCCAGGCUGUCACAGAAAUAGAGAAAAAGUUAUCUGUUAGCACUGCUGAGUACGAAAAAACUCUUUCAGUACUAAAUUGUGAUAAAAACAAUUUGGCAAAAGAGAUGGAACAACUUUCGGUACUUGCCAAGCAAAAAGAAAAUUCAGUUGCAGAACAGCUGCAGGAGAAAACAAAGGAGUGUAAUGUGCUGGCUGGUGAGUUGUGUGAAAGCAAGGAACAGGCACAACAGUUGCGUGAACAAAUGCAAUCACUUCUGAUUCAGCUGGAGGAUACUAGAGACAAAGGCAUAAAGAAAGAAGAAAUGUUAACUAAUAAGUUAUCUGAAUGCAGUACCCUCAUCCAAGAGCUCAGCCGUAGUAAGGAAGAGAAUUCGCUACUGCAGGAACAAAUUCAAAGCAUAACUUUGAACUUUGAAGCUGCAAACAGGUCUCUAGACGAGAAAGUCCUUCAAAAUGAUUCAUUGCGUAAGGAAAUGGAAGAGAGUAAAUUCCGUAUUGUAGAGUUGCAGGAUGAAAUUAAAAAUCUUGAAGAUGAAAAGACAAAGUUGUCUCAGUUGGUAGAGGAAAGAGACCUGACUGUAAGAAGUCAGGGGUCAGAACUUGAGAAGUUUCAUAGGCAAAUUUCGGAAAAAACGGAGGAGAGUACAGCGUUAAAUAAUCAGCUACAGCUCUUAAGCAAAGAAGUGGAUGUGCUUAAGCAUGAAAAGGAGGACUUGUCAAGUUUAUUGAGCAAAAAGUCCCAGGAAUGUGAAGUUCUUCAGUCACAGCUGGUACAGCAACAGUCCGAAAUCACUUCAGCGAGGCAACAAGCACACACAGCAGCUCUGGAAAAUGAAAAAUUGAAAGCAGACAUUGAAACAGUUAAUGUUACGGUAAUGAAAAAGUCAGACGAAGUAGCUGCUUUAACCUCACACUUGUCUCAGCAGAGUCAUAAUAUUUUAGCUCUGAAGGACCAAAUUGAUGGCCUGUUGAUUGAAAAAGAAAACUUUAAAUCUGCCUUUGAAGAAAAAGAAAGUCUCCUUUCUGAGAAGGAGGCUUUGAUUCAGCAAAUGAAAGACAGUAAGAUGGCAGGAGAAGGGCAAUAUGUGCAAAUAAUUUCAGAUCUGCAAAACCAACUCCAAGCCCUAGGUUUGGAAACUAGCCAGCUUAGAAACGCAAUGCAGGAAAAAGAAAAUGAGCUUAAGAGGCAAACCCAGGAAUUAAAGUUAUUAAAAGAUAAAUCUGAGGAGUCUGAUGUACUGAGGGUUCAACUGUCUGAGAAUAUGGAGGUUAUUUCUGACCUUCAAUAUCAGCUUAGAAAUGUGACAGAAAAAUCAUCCCAGUUGAAUGAUGCAAUUAUACAGAAGGAUGAGUCUUUAAAGCAAAAGUUAGAUGACUACAUCAGUUUAAAAGCAAAGCUUUCUGAGGUCCAGGAAUCUUCUGUUUUGCAGGAGAAACAGUUAGAGCUUUUGUCCUCUGAAGCAGAACAAUUAAAAGCGCUUGUUUCAGAAAAAGAAUUAACCAUCAACAAUAUUUCAUUAUUUAGUGAGAAUUUAAAGACGCAGCUUCAUGAGAAAGAGAAUGAAUGCGAGGUCGUAAAGAAGCAGGUGGUAGAGUUGGAGGAAGUGAACGUGAGUUUACAAAAAGAAAUACAACAUCAGAAGAAUGUAAUAAUUGAGAUGGACAAGUCCUUAUCAGAAAAGGAAUCGUCUCUUAUGGAAAAUAAAAGUCUCCUCAGUACUCUGAAGGAGAAUGCAAGGAAGGAUGAAGAGAAAACAAAUCUGAUUUCUGAGCUCCAAAGUCAGGUAGAUGAACUAACCCAAGAACUACAGAAAUCGAAAGAACAGGUCCACGAGAAAGAAAAGGCCCUUUUAUCUCUUCAGGAGAAAACUGAAGCACAGGAAGAACUAAGAACUGAGCUGAAUGCGGCGCUUGGGCAAAAGGAAGAAGUUAUUGCUGGGCUGCUGAAUUCUUUAAAGGAGAAAGAAAGCAGUAUACAGUCGGCAGAUUGCAACGUUGGCGUUCUUUCUGGUGAGAUUGAGAGUCUCAGAGAAAAACUAGAGAAAAGUGAUGCAGCCAUGGAAAACUUCACUAAGGAAUUGCAGAAAAAGAACGAGGAGCUCGAUAUUAAUCAGAAGCAAAUUGAUUCGUUGACUUUGGAACUUGACUUUCUGAAAAAUGAACACCAAAAAGCACUAGACCAGAUAAGUACGUGGGAAGAACAAUUGCAGCAAAAAGAGUUGGCUGUAGAGUCUCUGCGUGUGAAAUGCAUCGAACAGGCGGAUAACAUAGCGUUUUUGAAGUUAGAGCUGGACAACGUAAAUUCCAAAUCAUCUCAAGACUGCCACGAUAAUGCACUUUUAAUAAGUAGUCUGCAGAGCCAGGUAGAGUCUUUAGAGGAAGCAAAACAUCUGUUACAGGAAGAUGCUGAUAAACUGAAUAUGGAAAACACAGAACUUACUAUAUCUCAAAAUCACUUGCAAAGGAAAGUGGAAGAGCUCCAAGAGAUCAAUGAAAAACUAGAAACCAGUGAGAAGUUUUCAAGGAUGCAGAUAGAUGCUGUUCGACUGCAGAUGAAGACUGAAAAAGAGAAGUUACAGAUGCAGGUUAGUGUGAAGGGUGAAGAACUUUCUGAAUUACAACUUAAAUUUGAAAUGCUAGAGAAAAGUCUACUUGAGUCAGAAAACAAAUGGGUGACAGAACUUGGUAGGGCAACGUUACAAAAUAAUAAUCUCACUGAGCAAUUGAGCAGUUUAGAAAGUGAAAUGAGGUCAAAGGACAGCAAAAUCCAGUCUUUGCAGCAAGAGCUGGAUCUUAUAAACCAGGAAUUAACUCAAAGCUUAUCUCCGCUACUUAGUAGUAGGCUUUUAUGUAAAGAAAAGGAUGCACAGACUUCAGAUUCUGAACUGCAGCUAACUGGUAGUAAAAUUCAGUUGGAAAAAUUCUCCGCUCUGAUAACCGCUAUUUUGAGCAAAGAGACAGAAGGAGAACAAUUGCAACUGAUGCUUUUAGAAAAACAGAAAGAAAUAGACAUCCUGAAAGAUGAACUAAAAAGUAUGCAGUCACUUGAGAAGCAGAAGGAAUUGCUGCAGAAUGAUAUGGAAAAGAUGGAGGGCAAAUACAAAUCUGAACUUGAAUGUCUGUCAAAAGAAAUGGUCACAGUCAAGGAAACAUUAUGUAAACAGCAGUCAAUCUUGCAAGAAAGGGAAGAGGCUUUUGCGGAAGUAAAUAAGCAGGUAGAAUUUCUUCAAGAAAAGAUAGCUAAAUCAGAAGAAAUAGUAAGAACUAGUCAAGAAAAACUCCACAUUGAAGGUAAAAAAGUAGCAAGUCUCCUUGAAGAAAUAGGAGAAAAAGAUCAACUCAUCAAAAACUUAACUUCCCAGGUAAAUCAGCAGAAGGAUUUAGUUUCUAGUCUAAGCCAGCAAGUGAAAGAAAAGGACUGUUCUGUUACCCAGAUCAUGGAAUCGUUGUCUAAUGAAAUGCUGAAUUUUUCCGAAGAGAGAAAUAGAUUAAAUACCAAACUGCAAGAGCUUGAAGCUGUUCGUAAUAGUUCUGUAGGAGAGCUAAACAGAGUAUUGCAGGAACUAGAGGAUUGUAAGAAAGAGCUGGAACACAGUCAGGUGACGUUAAGCAGUAGAGAAGCUGUGUUUAAAGAUUUAAUGAAUGAGAAAGAAGAGAUGCAGUUUAAUCUUGAGAAAAUGGGCAAGGAAAAAGAGAACCUGAAAAAGAAACUUCAAGCAGCGUUGAUAGUAAGAAGAGAUCUAAUGCAGAAAGUUGGGAAACUAGAAAAGAGUGGACAGGAAGAAAUAGAAAAAGAGCAAAAAAAAGCAGAGGAGUUGUUGGAAAAAGUGAAUGAGUUAACAGACAAGCUGAAACUAGUUGAAGUACAGAAUAAAGAUUUUGAGUUUCAUCUUGGAACUUUGAAGCAACAGCUUUUAGAAAAAGAUGCUAAAAUAAGCGAUUUGACUGAAAUUUUGUCUUCGAAAGCCUCUUAUGUAGAGGAACUUCAGGGCAACAUUGCAAAACUAAAUGAUGUCAUUGCUGAAAAACAGAAUAUAUGUGAGCAGAACCUAAAAUCUUUAGAGGAAAAGGAGCGCAUGCUCGCUCAUAUGCAAUCUGUGCUUGAUGAAAAAGCAAGUGCAUAUGAAGAGGAACGUUCUCAGCUGCUCUUAGCUGUUGAGAAGGUAAAGUCUGAAGUUAAGAAGGAGGAACUUUUGAAAAAUUCCAGUUCAGAAGAUCCUGGUUUGGGUGCUGGGGACAGGCAGAAGCGUACGGACCCCAACGAUGAUAUUAACGUCAUGAAUCAAUUAAAAAAAGAAAAGGAAGCCUUACAGAGGGAGCUUGUGGUCAGGGAAGAAGAUAUGAAACAAAUUCAGAAAGAAAGGGAAGAGCACAGUAAACUUGCAGCAGCUUUUGAUGAACAAAAAAACCACCUUGAGCAGCUCAGACAAGAAUAUAAAGCACUCCGGGAAGUUCUUCAAACGAAAUGUAAAGACCUUGACCUUAAUCAGUUAGAGGAGCAUCCUCUAGGGAAAGAACUGGCUUCACCUGUGGCGCUGCUGGGAGAAGAAGCAGCUGAUAUAUGGAAUUUGGAAUCGGACAAACCAAAAAGCGAGGUUCAGGUUGCAUCCUUAAGAGAGUCUGAAAACACAACCACUUCAGGGGCAAAUAGAGACACUGAGCUGAAAGAAUUAAGAAGUAAUUAUGCGAAACUUCAGGAGGAAACAGAAGCAUUAAAGAAAGAGUUGAGAAAAAUAUCGGUUGGAUUUGGUGAUGAAAGAGAAGAAACGGUCAACGUAAACUCUUUGAGACAGCAGGAGCAACGUAAGGGCAGCUUCUUGGAGGACAUAAAGCUGAUAGAGAAAAAGCUGAAAGCUUAUGAGGCUGAAGCGAUAGACAUUAAGACAGCGCUUGAACGUGUGAAUAAUGAGAAAGAAGCGCUUAAUAAAAAAAGUGAAGAGGAUUACAGGAUAAGCCAGGAGAAACUGCAGAGAUUGAGAACUGAAGCUGAGAAGGAGGUUGCAGAAAAGGACGAGGAAAUAGAAGCGUUGCGUUGUUCACUCAUGGAUUUAAAAGAUAAACUUGAUCUGGAAAAGGAAGCAUUAAAUAAAGCUAUAAAGGAGGGGCAAGAAGAAGCCUCCCAUUACAAAACAGCAUUUGAAGAAAUGAAGGGUGAAAAAGAGAAACUUGUCAGUUGUUUAGAAAAGUCUAGUUUGGAACUAAUGGAUGUGAAAAAGGAGGUAAAACAUUUCAGUGAAGAAAAUGAAAAACUUCUGGCAGAGCUGCAUAUGCUACGUGAGAAGGCUGAGAUGAGUAAACCUGUAGCGUCGUGUAAAGAGCUUAAGGAAGAAAAUGAUACUGGAAAAGAUGAUUACUCUGGGAAAACUAAACUGAGAGAAGCAACAGAAUGUCAGAUCCAGAAACAAAUGCAAACGAUUGAAGGACCACUGGCAAAAAUGGCAAAUGUAAAUGAUUCUAAACCGCAGGAGCAAAGAGCUACAGCAGAAGACAAGUCCAAAGAGCGCCUUCAAAGGAAAUUACAGGCGGCUUUAAUAUCGCGUAAAGAAGCCCUGAGAGAAAAUAAAUGUCUAAAAGACCAGAUUGAUCAGCUGAUGUUGGAAAGAGAAGAACUGGUGAACAAGACAGGUAUGCUUGAACACUUGUUAGAGCUUGGUAGAGAAAACCAAAGUUCCAGUAGCGUUUCUCUGUUGGCUGAAGAGGAGAGCCUUGUUUCUGAAAAUGCCAGGCUGUUGACCGAAAAUGAAAACCUGACCGCGGCAUGUGAAAGUCUUAAAUCCACCAUGGAGACUAUAGUACAGGAAAAAGAGGCCUUUUCUUUCCAACUAAAUACCUUAAAAGAUUCUCAGACAGUUGAAUUAACAGGAUGGAAGGCUAAGCAUAGUGAAUUAAAGCAGGAGUAUGAAUCACUUCUUCAGGCUUAUGAGAAUAUCAGUAGUAAAAUAGCAGAUAUGAGGCAAGUUAUUGAUCUCACUAGAAAAGAGAAGCAAGAGGCUGUUCAAAGACUCAGGGAAGGCGAAUCUGAGAAGGAGGCUCUUGAGAAGCAUUUACAAAAAGUUAUUGAUGAAAAUGAGGUUAUUAAGAACCAACUGAAGCAACUCGGUGAAUCCAAGAAAAUGGAAGUUGCUGAAUUACAACGGAAAGCAGAAAGGCAGAUAUGUGAGCAAGAGGCGAGGAUGCAAGAACACCAGGAUCGUCUUCAUGAACUCACUGAGCAGAAUCAUCAGCUAAUGGAGGAAAACGAGCAGCUGAAACAAACUUCUGAAAAUUUAAAGCAGGCUUUAGAGAAAAUUCAGAAUGAAAAUGAUGUCCUUCAUAAUAACAUCACUGUAACUAAAGCAGCGUUGGGAGAGCUCCAGGUUCAGAUGGAAGUGUACCAAAAUGAUACGCAGUCUAAAAUUGAUGAUGCGUUAUAUGAGAAGGAAUCAUUGUUAAAGGACGUUAGUGUGUUAAAGGAUAAACUCUCUGAAAAAGAACAAGAUGUGCUUGUCCUGGAACAAGAAAUUAAGUUAAUUUCGGAAAAAGCAAAAGAAAACGAAAAGUCUUUAGACCAUAAAAAUCAUUGUCUAACGAAGCUGGACAUGGAAUGUAAAAGUCUUACACAAGAAAUUAUUAAUCUAAAUGAAAAAGUUAAGAUUUUAGAGGAUGAUAAAUGUCUGUUACAGGAAGAAUUAGAAAAUGUACAAGAAAGUUCUUACAAAGUAAAGAAUGAGAGAGAGUUUCUUGAGACAGAAUUGCUUAAUCAUGUUAAAAAGAUUGAUCAUCUUACUGAUAGGAUGAAAUCAGCACAGGUACAGAAUAACUUGCUAUUACACCAGCUGGAAGAAUUAAAGGCAGAAAAGUGUAAUGUGAUUAGAGAAAAAGAAGAACAGCAGCUACACCUCGUAAAAGUGUUUGAGGAGAAGGUGAAAAGUGCUCAGAGGGAUAACAAUGGAAGCAAAAACAAAACGAAAGAAUUGCAAGAACUCUUAAAGGAGAAACAGCAGGAGAUCAACCACUUGCAAAAGGAUUCUAUAAAGUUCCAGGAGCUGAUCCUGGAUUUGGAGCGAUCUGUGAAACUGUCACAAUCAAAAAGUGAAAAAUUUGAAAAGGACUUAAGUAACACGUCAGAAAAGCUUACAAAGUCAAAUGAAGACAUAUGUAAUCUCAAGGGGCAGCUUGCUUCUCAAAUGAACUUGGUGGAUCAGUUAAAGGAUGAAGUGGACAGGCUUACAGAUGAGAAUCUAAAUUGGAGAAAAGAACUUAAGAACAAAGAAGACAAACUACAAAUUCAAAAGAGAGAAUAUGAGAGAGAAUUGGAAUUUAAUCUUCAACAAUUAAAGUCGGUUCAUAAAAGAGAACUUUUGAACCUAGAGGAAAAACAUGGUGCCCUUCAGAGAGAGAAAGAGAGGGCAAUUAGUGAGGUCCGUGGUUUGCAAGAGGAAGCUGGAAUUAAGGACUCUCAAACCAAAAAACUUCAGGCAGAUUUGAACGCAGCUUUGGCACGAUUAGCUGCUUUUACAAAGUGUAUGUCCUCUCUUCAGGAUGACCGGGACAGGGUCAUCACUGAAAUGAAAACCUGGGAAAUGCAGUUCAAAGAGGCCAUCCAAAAUAAGGAGAAACAGAUAGAAGACAGCAAUAAAAUAAUAACGUCUUUGCAAGAUGAACUGAAAGACAAAAUGGCUCAGAUUCAAGAGCUGAAUAUCAAAUAUUCUGUGGUGGAGGAAACAAAGGAUGAACUGUACUUGAGGCAAAAAUCUGUCGACACACAGCGCUACGAAGAGCUCUGCAGAAUAAAGGAAGAAAAUACGUUUUUUCUAAACAGGCAGCGAGAAUUGGAGAGUCUUCUUCAGUCCAAGGAGGAGGCUUUGCAAACACUCCUGAAAGAAAACUAUUCUCUUAAUCAUCUCAUAGAGAAUAGUAAAAGUGCAGGAAGAGAGAUAAAAGCUCUGGAAAGUCAUUUUACGAGACAGGAACAAGAAUUGCAAGAGCUCGUAGCUGAGAAAGACAAAAUGAAUGCUGAGUUGCAAAAGCAGAUUACCAUUUCUGAGCAAAUGAAGAUCAUGCUAAAUAAUAAAGACAAAGAAAUUUCCUUACUCAUUUCUUCCAAAGGUGAUGAAAUUUCUGACUAUCUGAUUCAGGUACAAACUCAACAUAGGAAACAAAUCGAGGAGUAUGAACUUCAGUUAAGGUCUUUGCAGAUAGAGAGACAACAAUCCGAGGAGUCGUGUCAGAGGAUGGAAAAUGAACUGAGGAAUCUCCAGACGAAAGCGGACAAAGCAGGUCAAGAUAAGGCCGCAAUUGCCAGUGAAGUAGAUGCCUUUAAAAAAUCCAUGUCGUCUCUUCAGAAUGAUCGGGAUGAUCUCUUGUCUAAAUACAAACAACUGGAACAUCUUCACCAAGAUGUCUUAAAUCAGCGGGACAGUCUUAUAGUUAGCAAUGCAAGUGAGAAUAAUGCUUUGAAACAAGAGUUAAGGGUGCUUCUCAAUCAGAUCGAUGAUCUUCACUCUGCAAACGCGAUGCUAAGUGCACAACUGAUAAAGUACAGGGAAGACCUUAACCAGGUUUUAUCUCUGAAAGACCAUCAGCUGAAAGACUUACUUAAGCAGAAAUUGGAUUGCAUUAAAAGCCUUGAACAGGAAAAAUAUGACCUUCAAAAACAAAUGAAGGAAAUGCAACUUUCCAGUCAACUGCAGAAGGAUACUACUGAGUCUUUGGAACAUGAAAAUAAAAAAUUAGUGUCUAAAGUAAAUGAUUUAGAAUCUUUAAUUGCAUCAUUAAACAAAGAGAAACUUGUUUCUGAAUCCGGAGAGAAACUGCUUACUAGUGAUAGCAUUCAGAAAAUAGAAAGUGUAUCCAGUGCCCAGUUUGGAGAAAAUCUCCAGAAGAAGGUUCAGGAAAUCAAUAAAUCAAAAGGCAGAAGUACUAAGGGUGCAGAUGAGGAAUACAGUAACGCUCUUUUGACACUUGGACGUGGAGAGGAAUCUGAUGCUCUUACUGAGAAGAUGAUAUUAGAAGUUCAGACUCAAAAUAGUGAGCUGAGGUCCCAAAAUGAGGCCUUUGGGAAAGCGAUGACUGCUCUGCAAAAUGAUCGAGAUAGGAUCAUAGAGGAGUUAAAGGUUCUUCAGAGCAAAUACACCUCUCAACUAGAGACUGAAAAAAAGAAAGGAGGUGAACUUGAGGCUGAAUUGAAUGGCUUUAAAUUGCGUCUUCUCAGUGUGCUUAAAGAAAAUUCUCUUCUGAAUCGGGCUAUUUUUGCUGCUGCAGAUAAGGUUACACUUGAUGAGAUUGCUGAUGAGAUUGGAAAUGUCUGUAGGACGUUAGUCAGCCGGGAGAUGGAGAUGAGCAGGCUCUCAUCCGCCUGUGGGAAUUAUGUUGACCAGAUUGACGCGUUUUCCAAGGCUAUGGCCAGUCUUCAGGAUGACCGAGACAAAUUGCUGCAGGAGCUCAGCAAUCAGAAGGCUAAAGAAGGAGCUGGCCUUGCUGCUGUUGAAAUAUCAAAACUGAAGAGCAAGGUUGAUGAUCUGGAGAAGACGUUGCAUCAGACAAAAGCCUUCCAAGCAGAAACUGAGCGGGAGAUUGCAUCGUACCAGAAUGAGCUUGCUGCAUUAAGAAUGGAGAAAAACCUCCUCGUGUCAGAGUCUCUGGCACUGCGAAAUCAAUAUCAAAUCACCGCUGCUGAGAAAGAUCGACAGAUUGCAGAGCUCCAGAAGGUACAACAGGACAUGAUUGUGAAGAAAUCAGUCUCCACCGGCAGCAAUUACCCAGUCAAGGUUUUGGAAACUGCCGCCCUCGCUGGAAGUGCCGAUGUGUCGGGGGAAAUGAAACGUGUCUUGGCUGAGAAGAAUCAGCUCCAGCAGGAGCUGCAGCGCUGCCUCCAGGAGACCCACCAGAAGGAUCUGCAUUUCCAGCAGGUUCAUUCCAAGUCGGCAGAAGAGAACGCUGUCCUGUCUGCCCAGCUGAAGACUCUUUCUCAGACUCUGAGGGAUAACCAGCUUCGAUACACCGACUUGCAGAACCGCUAUUUGAGACUGGAGAGGGAGUAUCAGACAAUGCAAGUGACGUCGUUCCAAGGUGCUGUUCAGGAUGAAACUAGAGCAGAAGUUCCCCCUGGAGCGCCACAGGAAAGAUCUGCGGUUAUUGUGGAGAUAGACAAUAUGGAGCUAAAUGAACUCAGAAAAAGGCUUACGGAGACCGAGCAACAAUAUGAUUCGGUGCAGCAGGCUCUGGCACAGCUGACAGAAGCACUGGCGGAAGAGAAGAGGAGGAGAGAAGCUGCAGAAGAGGCUCUUGGACUCUCCGAGGAGCAAAGUAACAGAUUUGAAGCAGGCAGUUACAGGUCUGUUCCUAGCGACUACACUGUUCAGAUGGAAGCUGAGGAGGAAAGGGAAGCCUUAAUCAUCAACCCCAGCGAACAUAUUGUUGUCCGAAAGAUGAAAGGAGGAGCCCUUUCCUUCAGAAGAUGGCUUCGGGGGCGAAGUUUGUACUGCUCGAAGCUGCUGACCUCCAGAGCAAAAUCCCGCUAUUUAUUCCUCACCUACCUGGUGACGCUACAUCUUGUUGUUUUACUGUGCCUCACUGGUGUCCUCUGAAUACGCUGUGUUUGCUGGGUGAAUUAUUUCCCUCUAGGUAAUGGUGUGCCAAUUCAAGGUAAUAGACUUUUCACAUGCUGCUAAGCUAUGCACUGGACACAGUUGUAUAUAUUCUUGUUACACUACAUGAAUCUUACGCUUCUUAAAAGAAAUUUGUGUAUAUCACAGUUGCUCCAAAGUUGACUUGAAUUGCUCUUUACAGUGGAAUAUUAUAUUUGCUAAGGAGAAAAUAUUCCCCUCUGUUUGCCCUAUAAAGAAACUGCUGCACACAAGUUAUUUAAUAUUGUUUGUGAGUACAUAAUGAUUGAUUACUACUGAAUGGGCUGUAAAUGAUAUCUUUUCUAUAUAAAUUUUAUUUUAAGAGUUGAUCUAUAAAUUUUAAAGGAAUAUUCAGCUAUUACUGUUUAUUGACUUCUUGAUUAUAACAAGAAGUUUUAGAGUGCAAUAAAGGAAGAACUACUGGGGUUUUGAUUUCUUUUUUUGGACUGAAAAUAAAAGAUUGAAGGUGGUUGUUCUUUGGCCAUACAGUUUGUGAUGGCUCUGCCAAGGUACACAGAUAUGUAUAUGGUAAUGAGCCAAGCUGAUGAUUAAAGAUUCAGAAUUGAGAUGA